AUGUACGUGGAUGAUGCUUUGGUAGGAGCACAUUCGGUUUCAGAUGCUAUUGGCGCACGGCUUCAGCUUGUUCAGGCUUUGAAAUCAGCAGGUUUUCAGAUGCGAAAGUGGACCUCGAAUUCCAGAGACAUUUUAUCCGACAUUCCUUCCGAGGAUCUACUACGCGAUGAUUUCCUUCAGUUUGAUGAUCGGAGCACCGCCAAGACGUUGGGCAUUCGCUGGAAUGCGAUGUCUGACUGUUUUUACUUUUCCAUACAGCCAUUUCCGGCUACAAAUGCCUUUUCUAAACGCGAGGUUCUAUCCCAAAUCUCCAAACUUUUCGACCCAGCAGGAUGGCUUUCGCCAUGCAUUAUUAUUGCAAAAAUAAUUAUGCAACAAAUCUGGAUGGAAAAGACUGACUGGGACGAAAUUAUUUCUCCAUCGACUCUGUCCCAAUGGAGGUUGUUUCAGGACAAUUAUCUGUUAAUCAACCAGAUAAGAGUUCCUCGGUGGUUCCAAUAUAUUCCGAAUUCUAAGAUCCAAUUCCAUGGGUUCUGCGAUGCCUCUGAAAAGGCAUAUGCAGCUGUUCUUUACGUUCGUAUUGAGGUGAACGAUUCCAUUGCCACCAAUCUGGUGUUAUCCAAGACCAGAGUUGCGCCAAUCAAAACCCUUUCUAUCCCACGCUUAGAAUUGUGUGGUGCAGCAUUACUCGCCGAUAUGAUUGACGGCAUUAUACCCCAGUUGAAUGUCGAUUCGUAUUCUAUAUACUGUUGGACGGACUCCACAAUCGUGCUUUCGUGGCUGUCCAAACCUCCAUGCUAUUGGGCGACGUUUGUGGCCAAUCGGGUAUCCAAAAUUGUCGAGGUUAUUAGUCCUUCCAAUUGGAGUCAUGUGACCUCCGAAUGUAACCCAGCCGAUUUGGCAAGCAGGGGUGUAUAUCCUAGGGAUCUGCUUGAAAGCCGAUUAUGGUGGAAGGGGCCGCAGUGGCUGAUGGAAUCAUGCGAUUCAUGGCCCGUGACGGGCCAUGUGCCCUCAGAGAUUAUUGAGAUCGAGAGGAAAUCUCUGAAGGUUAAUUUUACCUAUUUUAACCACUUUGAGGAUAUUCUAGACAGAUUUUCUUCUUUCUCUAGAGCCUUACGAGUCGUGUCAUACAUAUACCGUUUUUAUUUUAGGACACACUCGAAGUACCGCUCAGAUUUUCGUGCUGAUUCCAGAGUUUUAUCAAAUUCCGAGGUAACAAUGACUCGGGACCGAUUGAUUGCCAUGAGUCAGAAGGCAUUCUAUCCAAGGGAAUACUUGUCCUUGUCAUUAAAAAAUCCCAUUUUGAAAUCAAGUUCGCUUUUGAAUUUAAAUCCAUUUUGCGAUUCUGAAGGUGUUUUACGGAUUUGUGGUCGGCUUACUUCUUCUCCAUUCUUAACGUAUAAUGAAAGACAUCCGGUUAUACUGCCAUAUAAUUGUCAAUUCUCCCGUCUAUUGGUUCGUUUUGUCCACGAAAUUUCCCUCCAUGGCGGCAAUCAACUGGUUCUAAGGUUGAUCCGUAUGCAGUAUUGGAUUCCAAAAGUUAAGAACUUGAUAAAGACGGUUAUAAACAAAUGUAAGCCUUGUAUCCUCUAUAGGCGUAGAUGUCAGACCCAACUCAUGUCAGCUCUCCCUCCAGAGAGAGCUGAAAUUUCACGUCCAUUUGUUCACACAGGCCUGGACUUUGCCGGACCAUUCGACAUUAAAUAUUAUGGAGGAAGAGGUUGCCGCAUGACCAAGGGUUAUGUAUGUGUGUUUGUCUGCUUUUCCACCAAGGCAAUACACCUUGAAGCCACUUCAGACCUCUCCACAUCUGCCUUUCUAGCUGCCUUCAGUCGUUUCAUUGCUCGUAGGGGAUGUCCCUUACACAUUCAUUCUGAUAACGGCACAACGUUUGUUGGCGCCUCGAGAUCCUUGGCUAAGGAAUUUAUCCGAUCUUCCCAAGAAGCAAUCCUAUCGGGCUAUGCCCACCAGAAUAUAUCCUGGCAUUUUAUUCCACCUGGGGCCCCCCAUAUGGGAGGCCUUUGGGAAGCUGGAGUAAAAAGUUUUAAACUUCACUUCCGGAAAGUUGCUGGAAACGUAAAAUACACUUUCGAGGAAUUCCAAACGCUUUUGUCCAAAAUAGAAUCUUGCCUCAAUUCUCGUCCACUGUCGCCUAUGUCCCAAAGUCCAUCCGACUUUGACGCUCUUACGCCAGGACACUUUCUUAUAGGUUCGCCCAUUUUGGCACCUAUAGAUCCGAAUGUUCGUGAAGCUCCUAUGUCUUUGCUAAAUCGUUGGCAGAGACUCCAAUCAAUUCAUCAGCACUUUUGUGCCCGAUGGAAAGAUGAGUAUUUAAAAGAGCUUCAUAAACGCCACAAGUGGCAACGGCCGACAGAGAAUUUAGAAGAAAACAUGUUGGUAGUCGUAAGAGACGAAAACACACCGCCAAACACUUGGCGUCUAGGCAGGAUUUCGAAGAUAUAUUUUGGUAGCGAUCGUAGAGUCCGCGUUGCCGAUGUAGUCACUGAAAAGGGCGUUAUUACAAGACCGAUUACAAAAUUGGUUAUCCUUCCAUCGGAAAGCACUUAA